AUGGCGACGACGAGACUACCAAAAGAUUGUUUAAACCAGAUAUUGGUCGAAUGCCGUGCCAAUAAAGUUCCCCUGUUCAAUUAUUUGUUUGUAAAUUGGUCGUGGUGUGAAUGCGUCAUACCAUUAAUAUGGCAGAAUCCAUUUGAGCAAGAAGUUGGAGAUGGCGUAGUUUUUCAGGAGGAAAGAAGUUUCAAACUCAUCAGAACUUUAACCACAUGUUUACCAUUCGACUCCAAAGAAUUUCUUGACGAAAAUGGAAUCAAAUUACCAAGUAAUAAUUUUGAAAUUCAAGCAUUAUUCGAUUACCCAGCUUUUAUCCAAAAAUUGGAACCACAACGUUUGAGCUGGGCAACACGAGAAUGGAUCGAUAAAUCAAUACCAUCAACAGCAACACAAGCAAUCGAUGAACACAACCGAAAAAAAUUUAUUUUAUUGCAAGAGAUUUUAAAAUUGUUAAUACGACGAGGGAAACGGCUUUCUAAAUUCGUCUUGUCUCAUACAUCUACUGUAUAUGACGAUGGCGCACAAAUUCCAAUCCACUUGCUACCACAUGCACAAAAAUUUAUGAAGCAAAUUAGGUCUUUAGUAUCUGCUUAUCCACACGAAAUUCCAGAUUCUACAUUUUAUUCACUUGCACAAUCAACCACAAAUAUCGAAGCAUUUGAUAUUUCUGUAAAUGACGAAAGUGAAGGAUUAAUUCAACUUGUACGAACUCAACGUGGCAUAAAAGAGCUAACGCUCACCGGUGAUAAAUUAAACUCUAAAUUUGAUGAAGCGUUGAAAGCACACACGCAAACGAUGACCUACAUUAAAUGCUCUGGGACUUUGAGUAUAUCUCCGGAUACGCUGGCUCAAUGUCGAAACCUCAAAGUUCUCAUUUUGUUUGGCAUCAUUCCUAAAGACACGUUUACAAUUUUAGUAAAUGCGCAAUUCCCAUUUCUUCAGAAGCUUGAUAUAGAACUACAAAAUAAAUUGGAUCUUGAAAAAUUAACUCGAAUCAUUCAGACAACUACGGGACGAAUGGAAGUCCUAAAACUACGUUGGGGCACAUAUGACCCUGAAAAUACCCAUACGCUGAUCAAAGCCAUCGGAGAUCACUGUCCACGCAUAGUUGACCUAAUGAUUCCAAUAAAAUUCAAAGACACUUCCGAGUUAGCUUUCUUAUUGUCGAAAUGCCGUCACGUACGGUCAAUCGUGUUGAUUUCGAAAUUUUGCAUCGCGCAAGAUGGAGACCAACUUGUUACUGCAAUUGCCGAUAAUGCUUCGGCAGCGUUAAAACGUUUUUCUAUUAACGGACGAUGGAAAUACACUCCUGAAGUCUGGCAAAUGUUUUGUGAACGACAACAAAGCAACUCGUCACCAAUUCAGAUCUCGUUAAUUGAUAAAGUCAGGUUGAGUCCAGAAAUUACUAAACUUCUUAGGGAUUACGAUAAAUCGGGGCGUAUCAGAUAUCAUGGUUAA